AUGGUAGAAGGACUGAAUUUGUAUGAAUUACCUUCGAGGAAACAAUUUUACAACAAAUUCAAAGGGAGUGGAGAGAAUUGUAAUAAUGAAUGCACAAAAAAUAUAAAGGAUAGUCUAAGUGCUUUCCCUAGUGAAGGGGACUUUCAGAAUAAAAUUUUAAGGGCCUCGUAUGCGGCAUUCAAAAUGAAACCGGAGGAUACUCCCUUUUACAACGAUCGCUGGAAUUUCUUAUAUUAUUGGAUAGGAGAUCAAUUAUGGGACAACUUGGGGAAAGAGCCAAAGGACAGCACAUUCACGCCCCUCAUGACUAUGCUUUGCGGAAAUAUGAGUAGUGCGCCUGAGCAAGGAGGAUAUAGGGUUAUUUGCACCAGUACUAUUGGCAAAAAACUUUUCGAAGAGAGGAAAAUAGUUUUCGAACAUUACCAUGAUUAUGGGACCGCAAAAGUGCAGCUACAGGGAGGUGCACCCAAUUGUGACAAAAAAUGGUCGGGUUACCUAAAUGGUAUUGCUUCAGCAUGUGAGGCUGUGCGUACAGAUUGCAGAAGGAACGAACGUGUCAAUGAUGCAUAUUGUAACAACUUCAGUAAUAGUUACAUUUUAUAUUGUGAUAUGGUAGAAUUGCUCGAAUUGUACUGUAAAAAAGUAACUGAACUGAGCGAUAAAGAAGGGGAAGCUAACACAUGUUCCUCCGAGAAAAAAGAAUUACGGACCUCCCUCGAAUCAAACCUACUAGCAGCACAGGAAGCCUUAACUAAAGCCACCACCACAUCUUCCAUCACUUCCAUUUUCGGUACAUUAGCAGCGACGGCCUUUUCAUAUCUAUUAUAUAAGUAUAAACCAUGGUCUUCUUGGUUUGGUAACCACACUUCUGGAAGUAGCAGAAGAAGUAAUAGAAAAAGAAGAUCAGCUGGACAGAACUUUGAUGCGUCCACGGAAGACACCUUAACAGAAUAUUCCAUAGAAACAUCUACAGUAGGUCCAACAGAAAAUUCUACAAGAGCUAGAACAGUACGUUCCUCUGCAGCUCCAUACACAAGACCGUCUACCACAGGACAGUCUACCGGGGGAAGAAGAAAUAAUAAUACACCGGGUCGCGGGAUGGUAGGCUAUCAGAAUAUGUAG